AUGCGCAAAGGUCGCUCGGGCUCGCCGAUGGUCGGCGAGUCCACUCGCACCGGUCGCGGUGGCAUCCCGCGGUCGGUGUCUCCCGCGGAGGCAGUCGCGAAGGCGCGCGCCAAGGGGAAAUCUGGGACCCCCGAGCCAACAACCAGGGGGGUGGCAUCGAGAUCCCGAACGCCCCUAUCGCGGACAAAGUCGCCGGGUUCCAGCGACGCGAACGACCCCACAAGCCCCAAGCCGACACCAAGGACGCCCCUGACCAUCCUUGCGUCGUCUCCCAACGUGGCUCACACCCCGUCGUCGAACCCGAACACGUCCUUCGGGAGCGACAGGACUCUCAGUCCCGGAUGGGGGCUCUUUCAGGGCGGGGACGACACCCCGGGACUGAGCGACUCGGUCGUUUCCGAGCAGGCUGACUUCCUGGUGGAGCAGAUCGCGCGGGGCGGCAUCGCUGACGAUGAUCUUCGCGAGGAGCUGCGCAGCGCGCUGAAGGCGAGGAGGGAGAACACGGCGCUAAGGGACCACAUCGAGCGCAUCAAGAACGAGGAGGUUGGCAUGGGCCUCGAGGCGUCCAAGCGCAUGGCCGAGCUGUCUGCGGAGUACAUGUCGCAGGUGGAUGAACUCAAGAAAGAAAAGGAAGCGGCGAGGGAACGAGCAGAGGCGGCGGAGGAGGAGGCUAAGAUGCUCGCGGAGAUGAUGCGUGCGAACGGCUUCGCGACCCCUCCGGGUGCCGGCUUGCUGGAACGCGCCAUGGCGGGUGCAAACGCCUCCACGGCGACCACAUCGACGCCCAUCGCGGGCCCCGCGGCUCUCGCCUUCGCGAGCCCGGUGAUGUACGACCAGCCGCUCGACUGCCUCAUGACCCCGACGGGUGACUUUGUGUUCCCCGGGAGCGGGGACUCCGGCGGCGUGUCGGGUUUAGACCUCGCAGAGGGCGCCGCGGCUGCCAUCAAAUCCGUCGGCGAGACCCCCGACGCGCCCCCGGCGUCCUCAUCCUUUUCGGCGAAGACUCCGUCCAGCGACGCGGCUCAGGGGGCGGCGAUGGUGGCCAUGGCGAGCAUGGACCACCCCACGCUAGUGAAGGAGGCUUCCCAGCUCGUCGCCGCCAACGUCCGCCUGGAACGUGAGCGCCGCGCGCUCGUGGAGAGGCUCGAGAGCGUGACCCGCGAAGCCGCCGCGGCCGCGUCGUCGAACGAUGCGUUCGGAAUCACCGCAACACCGGCCAAGACGGAUAGACCCGUCGACGGCGUCCUCCCCGGCACGCCCGGAUCUAUUGUGUUGACGCCCGGCGGCAGCGCCGUGGACGUCGCCGCGCUCGUAGCUUUCGUCGACGCGUUUGAGGUUGACGGCGCCGCCGGGUCACCGCCACCGGGUGCCCCGGCGUCGUGGGAGAUGCAAGGGACGUCGCUCGCGGUGGAUCAGCUCACCGAGGCGAUCGAGAAGGUGAAGCGCGCGGCGAACGAGGCUGUGUCUCUUCUCGAUCCUGAUGGAGACGUCGACACGAGCGCGGCGUCCACCCCGGGCGGAAGCACGCUCAACCGCGCGUUGCACCGCAUGAAGCAGAAGGCCGGCGUCGAUCCCGUGCACCUCGAAAAGCGAAACAAGGCUCACGGUUUGGUGCUGGAGGUGACCCAGGCUGCCGCUCUGGCUGUCAUGCAGAGGGAUCACCUCGCGGAGGUGCUGGCCUCCGAGCGCGAGCAGGCAAAGAUUGACGCGCAGGAAUCCCUUGCAUCGCUGCGCCAGGCCCUGAAGCAGCAGCGACUGAUAUCCAGCAACAUCGUCACCACGCCGAACUCCACCAUGAAGUCCGUCACGAUCGGUGAUGCAAUCAUCACGCCACUCGCCGCCGUCGACACGUCGCAGGAGCUGACCUCGGCACCCGCAGGUGAUGCCUCCGAGCUCAUCUCCAAGCUCCAGCGUGAGAUUGCGGAUAUGCGCCGCAAAAUUGCGAGUGAUGCCGCCAAGGCUGAGCACGAACGGACGGAACUGCAGUACAUGUCCGCGGAGCACGAGCGCAAUGCGUCUCGCCUUACCGCUGAGCUCGAGGCGGCGACCAAGGCUGCGGAGGUUGCGCAGGAUAUGGCAGUUCGCAGACAGAAGCAGGCUGCGAGUCUUGAGGCUAAGCAUACCAGGCUGUCCAUGGAGCUGUCCGCGACGCUGCAGAAGCUUCACGAGAUGGAGAGGGAGGCGCUGGCGGAGGAGAGGAAACUCUCACUGUCAUUCAGGCUGAAUGAGCAUAGGGGAGGUGUCAUCUCCGACUCGCCCCUGGUUGGUACCCCCGAUAGCCAGGAGCAGACUCACAUGACCCUUGUCGGAACUCCUCUGGAUCUCCCGCUCAUCAAGACGGCCACAAAGGCCUCACCUGAUUCUGCAUCCUCAGAGCGGUCUCGGUCCAGGGCUGAUUCGCCCCUGGUGUUCUCUUCGCUCGUGCGUAAAGUGUCGGCGACGCGGUCAGCCGUCGAGGCGGCUCUUGCCGUUGCGGAGGAGAAGGAUGCUGAACCUGCGGUUGACACGGACGAAACCGCGGCGUUGGUCGAAGAACUUCGCACGCAGCUUGAAGCGGCCAGGGCGGAAGUAUCCGAUGUCCACGCGAGACUCAUCGCCGCGGAGGAGAAGGCGGAUGUCGCCACUAUGGCUGCCGCGGCGGCGGAGGCGCGGGUAAAGGCUUCGAUGAAAUCCCCAUCUCCGUCGCCCAUUAGCGCGAUUGAGAACAGUCCCGUCGUCCAGGAUGACGUGGAAGAGGGGGUCGACGAGGUGAGUGAUAACCUCGGCCUGGACGGAGAUACCUACUUCAAAGAUCAGGACGACGACGUCUCACCCGAGUCGCAGCGCAGAAACCUGAGCGACGCGCGCGAGGCUGUCACCGCUGCCGAGGCAGCGCUGACGUGGGCGCGUCGCGGCGAGGCUGCGGCGCAGGCUGAGGCCGAUGCCGAGCGUAAGCUCGCUGCGGCGGCGCGCGCAGAGGCUGCUGCCUCUGCAUCGUCCCUCGAGAAUGUUCGCUCCGAGUUGGUCGUGGCCCGUGCGACUGCCACCACCGCAGCGAACAAGCUCGCCGUCGCCGUCGCAGACGCUGAAAAUAUCCGCGCUCAGCUUGCGGCUGCCCAAGCAGCGGAGGAACUUCUCGCUGAGAAGGUUGAUAAACUUCAAGAACAGUUGGUCGAGGCAACUGCAGCGCGAGAUGAGACGGAGCGGUUGGUUUUGGAGGAGUGCGAGAGCCUCCGUGCACAGCUCGAGGAGAAGGAAACGGAGCUAUGCGAGUUGAAGACCGUGACUGCGCCGUCUGAUGUCACGAUGGAGGCGGAGGAGGCGUUACGAACCAUGGCGGCAGGUCCGGACGACCAAGAACCGGCGGCGGAUGCCGACUUGGCAAGAAUCAAGGCUGAGCUCGACGCGACCCGCGCUCAGCUCGCGGAUGCACGCGCGGAAACGGAGAGGGUCAACAAGAGUAUGAGGCAGUGGAAGGAUCAACAGACAGCGGCAGUGGCAAGGUGGCGAGAGGAGGCUAGUGCCCGCACCGCCGCUGCCGAGGCUGCUGCCGCGGCCGCCAACGCGAAGGCUGCCGCAGCCCAGGCUGAGGCUGCUACGGCCAAGGCUGAGGCUGAGACUGCCUCUGUGAUCAAGCAUGGGGACGCUCACGAUCCCUCCUCCAUCGCGUCUCUCCUGGCAGAGAAUCGGGAACUCAUCGCUGAGGCUGAGCGUCACGCGUCGCAGUACGAGAUGCUCGAGGUUGAGACCCAAGAGCUCCGCGCGAGAUGCGAGGCGGCGGAGGAGUCCGCGGCUGAUGCUCCACAGCUUCGUGCGGAGAACUACGAUCUCGCCGUGAAGCACCGUGCCGGUCUGCAGCGCCUGCAUGACGAGCUGUCAGCGCGUCGACAACUCGAGGAUCGCGUGGAGGACUACGAGCGGGCCACUGCGAGACUCGAGGCGACCGUCGGGGAACUCGAAAUCGCGCUGAAGGAGGCUCAAACGAUGUGUGCAGCGGCCAGAUCGGCUUCAAUUUCGGCCGCUUCAGAUCGUGCCGCCUCCGAGGCUGCGGCCGCGCUGAUGACUCCUGCCAAGGGGGUCAACGGCCAGAGCUUCAACGCCGAGAGCAGCGGUGGCUCAUCUUCCUCCCCCGCUUACGAGGGCCAGGCCACCGUCGCUGCACUUGCCGCCGCCGAGGCUGCGAAGAAUACGCUGUCCAAGGCUGUUGAGGCUGCGGAGCGAGCAGCGUGUGAGGCUCGCGAGGAGGCUGCGCAGGCACGGGCAGAGGCUGCCUCUGCAAAGCAAGAGGCUGAGGCGCUCAGGGUGACAGCUGAGCAGCGACGCGCCGACCUCGCGGUGCUCCGCGACGAGUGUCAGUCCCUGCGAAUGAAGGUACUCGAUAUGGAGGAGGAUGCUAGGUUAUCCCCAUCGCCACGAAAGGGUGGUAUGCGUCUGAUGAACGGCGACAGCCCGUUCUCCUCGAUGAAGGCUUACAGCCGACUCGUCGAGGACGAUGCAAAACAGGCGAAUGAUCCGGAUGCGACUGCGCUCAGCAUAAGCGCGGACACGCCGAUGAGGUCCCCUGCGAUGAUUCCCGCUGAAGGUGGCUCGAUGCAAGCUCUCGCACUCACCCCUCCCGCUUCGGAUAAUGUCGAGGAGGAGAAGAAGGCGGCUGCGUCUGUGAAGAAGUUGGCCGUGUCUCUCCGCAGCAAGGCUGAGACGCUCCUCGCGGCUUCGUCUGGAGCCAGCGUCGCGAUUGAAGGCUCUUCAUCGGUCGCGGGUCUCAACCAGCACGAUCACCUGACGCACUCGGUGUCGGAACUCGUGCAGACGGAAGCGUGGUUGGAUCAGGUCAUCGCCACUACGGACAGGAUCCGACACGAGAACCAGACCCUCAAGGAAGCUCUCACAGAGGCGAGGAAGAUGGCCGAGGAUGCCUUUGAGGCCGCGCAAGCGGUUUGCGCCGAUGCUGAAGGAGCGAACGAUCGAUGCAUCGCUGCUGAGGCCCGCGCGACGGCGGCCGAGUCUCGCGCGGAUGAGCUCGAGAGCGCGACGGUAGAGUCCGAGUCGGCUCUGGCUGAGGCGCGCACCCAGCUCAUGCAGGUGAAGGAUGAUUUCACCAAAAUGUCUGCCGCGCAGUUUGAGGAGCUUCGAAAGAAGAACGCGGAGCUGGCGGAAGCCCAGGAGGCUCGUCGCGUCGCCGAGGCUGCAUCAGUCAAAAUGGCUUCCGAGGUUGCGGCGAGCUCCCCCCUGUCGCUCACCAUUCGUAAGCCCGCCUCCACUGCGCUCGCCGUCUCGCCGAGCACGGCUCAAUUCGGUGAGGCGCUCAGGACGCACACGGUUCGUCUCAAGGAUGACGUCCUUCGGGCCCAGGCUGAGGUUGCGGCGCACAAGGAGCACGCCAAGCGCAUGCAGCGCGAAAUUGCCUUGCUCCAGAGUGACGUUCCAUCCGCGAGGGCGAGGGUACUCGAGCAGCAACAGCUCAGGCUGGGGUCUUCUUCCGAUCAGAAUAAGCUGUCCGUCUCACCCGCAGCUGGGACCAACAUACCGCCGACUCCUCCUCCCGUUGACGUCGAGGCAACGACAGCAGCGAACACCGCGGCCAACACCCAGGCGUCGAGCAGGGCUGUUUACUACAAGUCAAUCGCCAAGAAGUGCUACACACGGAUGAAGCAGCAGAAGGACGCCUACGAGCUCCAGAUUUCCGGGCUAAGGAAGCAGCUGGAGUUUGUGUCGAAUGGAUCAGUGAACAUGACGAAUCUUUCCUUUGCGUCGACAGUCGCCGGGGGACCGAGCCCGGCCCGUGGGAAGCACGGUGUCAAGUUCAGCCCGGACGUGGAUGACGCCACCUUGUUGCACGAUCUCUGA